AUAUCAAUACACUUGUAAUAAAAGAACCCAGGUGGGUAAGCCAUGGCAUUGUGUGAAAAUACGAAUUUGCCCUCGUUAGAUUUGUCUAUGAAUUUGUUCUUGCAUGUGUUGAGGCAUGGGUAAUUUAGGUAUUUUAGCUUUUCCUUCAUUUACGCAAGAACUGUCCUUUGUUCGGCGCUCAAUCGAGAACAAAAGAAACGAUUGCUUGGUUCUCCCCAUUUUACGCCACGAAAUUGUACUGAUUUUGGAUUUUACGGAGAUCGGCGCUUGGUUCUCCGGAUUUUACGCCAUGAAAUUGUACUCUGUGUCUCGGAUUUCACUGAGAUAGUGUACUGCCUCCGCCGAUCGAUCGCGAUUAACAGAGAGAGAACUCUCUCCUCUCUUCCAUGGCAAGUAUUAUUGAAGAUGUAGCCAAAAAAAAUGAACACACUCGAAAACCUUUCCACUUCGAAAGAGAAUACGCAUAACACUGGUAAGUUUUGUGAUUUAUGCAUUAAAUCCCUUUCUUAAAUUCUCAGUCCAAUAGUUACAAGAUCGACUUUUGAUUUCGCCUAGAUGUUGAGAUUCUAAAGGUUGCUCUCUCUUUCUGAGGAUUAAUUUCUUUGGACAUGCAUCUUUAUUUUCUUUCUCCGAUCUCCUUGGUUUCUUCGAGUGUAGAAUCUGCGGAUGGAGUGUGAACUGAUAUGAGAACCAAGUUAACACCAAAACAAAAAACCCUCCAUGCGCGAAUAUGCUUGGGGAAGAGUUUUGGUUUACUAUUGGCGGGCAGCAUAUCCCAUUUGGUGCUUCACCACAAUUGGUGAUCGUUUCAUCAUGAAGUAAAUCCCUCUAAACAUUGCAUUACACCCAACUCAAAAUGGGAGCAAGUGAAGGAAAAAUAUGUUUGUUGUGGUUCCUAAUUGUGCUAGAUUUUCUGUCAAGGAACAUUAAUUUGGAAAAAUCCAAAUUAAUUAUAUUCUAGAGAGAACCAAUUUUUUGAAGCACGUUGCUUAACAAUUUGGAAUGUGUAUUGUGGCAGUGUCAAAAUGCGGUGUGAAAAGUUGAAGCAAUGAAGUGGAGUGAUGCUUGUCCCUGAUGUUCGGAAGCAAAUCUUGGUGAUUAACCAGAAAGCCAGGGAAGGAGAGAAAAAGCAGUUGGAAGCAGAAAAACUCCAAAAGCUCAAUGAAAUGGUGAUGCCGAAGUUGAUGGUGAUAAAAAAGAGAGAUGAUGGUUGUGUAAAAAUACUCAAGGCAAACAAAGACGAGGAUGACAAGAUGCGGGCCACAGCUGCAAAUGUUGCUGCUCGAACUACUGUUGGAGGGGAUGAUAUGUUGUCAAAAUGGCAGAGCUAAUGGCUGAGCAAGCCCGAUAGAAACGCAAAGGAGGGGGAAUCGAUGUGGCUUCUGGUUCUCAGACGGGCAAAGAAAUGAGUUUCAAGCCUUCAUCAAACUUUGCAAAAAAUGCAAAGGAUAUUGAAGGAGGAGCGAAAAGGGUCCUCUCUCUGAUGGUUGUUCUUGGAAUUCCAAAGUGUUUUCUUGUUUUACUUGCUCCUUACACUUAGGUGGUAGGAGGUUUUGGGUAGAAAUGGAUACGGUACUCCUAUUGGAUAUGAUUGUGGUUGAGUUUGGUUUUUAAGUUGUACUUACAUUCCUAUUGCCUAAGUAGCAUAUGCUAGAUGUUCAGCUCCCGAAAUGUAGGAGCUUCAAUUAGAUUGUUGAGGGAACACGUAGAAUUGUGGGCUAGAUUUCUGCUGAAAAGACGAAUGUCUCUCUCAUUCGACGAGACAAACAAGAAAAGUUCGUUGUAA